AUGGGUGAGACACCAACACCAGAGAACUAUUGUAUGCUCCAGGGCUUUGAGUGGAAUGUGCCGGCAGACCAAAAACACUGGACCCGUCUCCAUAAUGUGCUCGGGGAGUUAAAGAACAUUGGAAUUGACAACGUCUGGUUACCACCCGCCUGCAAGGGUGCCGGUGGCAAGGAAGCCAACGGCUACGACAUUUACGACCUUUAUGACAUUGGAGAAUUCGAGCAGAAGAAUUCAAAAUCGACAAAGUGGGGCACGAGGGAGGAAUUGGAUACCUUGGUCGGCAAGGCUGAGGAGUUGGGUGUUGGUCUCUAUUUUGAUGCCGUUCUAAAUCACAAAGCCGGCGCCGACAACAAGGAGAAAUGCCGGAUUAUCGAGGUCGAUCAAAAUGGUAUGGUCUCUCUUAUUCCCAAAAUCUAUGUCAAUGGCAUGUCACCACACCACGAACGCUUUACUAACUAUGAAUCUCUCCCAGAUCGCACCAAAGAGAUUGGCGAACCACGAGAAAUGGAAGCGUGGCUAGGUUUCGACUUCCCUGGCCGAGGCGACAAAUACUCGUCGCAAAAGUACCACUGGGAGCAUUUCUCAGGCACGGACUACGACGCCGGUAACGACAAAACAGGAAUCUACCGUAUCCUAGGCGACAACAAGCACUGGUCCAACAGUGUAGGCGACGAGUCCGGGAACGCCGACUUCCUCAUGUUUGCCGACGUCGACUACAGCCAUCCAGAAGUGAUCAGCGACGUGAUCCACUGGGGCGAGUGGGUGGUCAAGGAGUUCAAACUCCGUGGCUUCCGCUUCGACGCCUGCCAGCACUUCUCGGAGCGCUUCACCAAUGAAUUCGUGGCGAAUCUCGAAAAGCACUUCGGCAAGGGGAAACUGUUCCUCGUGGGCGAGUUCUGGGUCGGCAACGUCGACGAAUUGCUUGAAUAUCUGGACGAGAUGGACCACAAGUUCAGCCUGUACGACACACCGCUCCUCAACAACUUCAGCCAGAUCUCGAAGACGGAAAACGGCGACCUGAGAAAGGUCUUCGACAAGUCGCUCGUGCAGGCCAAGCCCGACUCGGCGGUCACGGUGGUGAUGAACCACGACACGCAGCCGGGCCAGACGGUCGCGACGCCCAUCGAGGGCUUCUUCAAGCCACUCGCCUACGCCCUCAUCCUGCUUCGCAACCAGGGCUACCCGUGUGUCUUCUACGGCGACCUGUACGGCAUGAAGGGCGAGAACCCGGAGCCGCCGAGCUGCGGCGACAAACUGGCGCAUCUGAUCCUCGCGCGCAAGCUGUUCGCGUACGGCGAGCAGAACGACUAUUUCGACGACGAGCCGACCUGUCUCGGCUUCGUACGCCGAGGCACCCACGAUCGCAAGGACGGUCUGGCUGUCGUGCUGAGUAAUGCUGGUCCUGGCCAGAAGCGCAUGUUUGUCGGCGAGGAGCAUAAGGGUGAGGUGUGGACGGACAUCCUCGGCUGGCAGACUGACGAGGUCAAGAUUGAGGAUGAUGGCUUUGGUGUCUUCAUGUGCUCCGGCACGAGUGUCAGUGUCUGGGUCAAGAAGGACUCAGAGUUGCGGAGGCAGAUCGAUGAGUUGAACUUUGAUUCUGAUAUCUACAGCAAGGCUUGA